GCCAUUGAAUCCUUGAUUAAAAGGAGGGUCAUUUCUUCAACUUCCCCCACCACAGAAGUUGGAUCUCUUUUUAUUUUAAUUUCUCUCUGUGAGUUGAAAAUGGGAAUCUGCAUAUCCACUGCAUCUUCUCAGAUUCGCCAUGAAACCGAAGGCAGCGUUAUUUGCAGAAACGAGCUCAUCUACGAACAAAACGGCUCCAUCUGUGGGAUUCAGAAGCUCGAUUACAUCUGUUCCAAGCAAGGAGCCAAAGGAAUCAACCAAGACGCAGCCUUUUUCUACCAGAACUACGGAGCAGAGAACACGGCCCUGCUCGGAGUUUUUGAUGGGCACGGGAAAAACGGCCACGUCGUCAGCAACAUGGUAAAAAAUCGCCUCCCUUUGCUGUUGAUUGGGCAGAUAAAUGAAAGAAAUCGCGAAGAGCAGUUUGUUACUGCGUUUAAGGUGAUGGACAAGGAGAUUAAGCUUCAUGAGAAUCUGGAUUGCUGGUGCAGUGGAUCCACGGCUGUAAUUGCAGUAAAAGAGGGAGAAGAUUUGGUAAUUGGUAAUUUGGGGGAUUCGAGGGCGGUGUUGGGGAGAAUGGGCGAGGGCGGAAUCGAAGCCGUUCAGUUAACGACUGAUCUGAAGCCUGGUUUACCCGAUGAAGGGGAGAGAAUAAGGAGGAAUAAUGGACGGGUGUUGGCGCUGAAAGAAGAGCCGCAUAUACAGAGGGUGUGGCUGCCGAAUGAAGACGCGCCGGGGCUGGCCAUGUCCAGAGCUUUUGGAGACUUUGCUCUUAAAAACCAUGGCAUUAUUGCUCUCCCCGACGUCUCCCACCGCCGUCUGACUUCCGACGACCGUUUCAUCGUACUCGCCACUGAUGGGAUUUGGGACGUGCUAAGCAACGACCAAGUGGUGUCCAUCGUGUGGGAGGCGGAGAACGAAGAAGCGGCGGCGAAAGCGGCGGUGGAGGCGGCGGCGGAGGCUUGGAAACGCUACCCUUCUUCAAAACUAGACGACUGCACCGUCGUUUGGCUGUUUUUACAGAACCAAGCCGAGAGGGAAAACUGAACGUACGUAAACUCUGCGGUGGUCGUGGUGGAACUCCGGCCUCCGUACAAAAUAGACCUGCCGUCCGUCUGAGUCUCCGCCGUUAGUACGGCCAUGUCCGAUACACAGUACUGGAUAAUAGUUUUUGUUGCAAUAAAUAUUAAAUAUGUAGUGGAAAUGGAAACAUGAAGAGAAUUUGAUGGGUGAAUGGGAGAGAAUAUACUUUUUAUAUCUCUAAUAUUGUCAUUGACGUGCUUUUUUCAAA